GAUGCUCAACUGUUGAGCCAUGCAGAUCAACAGAAUAAUGGAAUUAAGAAACCUAUCCAGAAUUUCACAAUACCAAUCACACAGGCCCUGAACCAAAAUCUGAGCAGACAAGGGCAUUUAGAAAAAGAACCUUGGAAUACCUUCAGCCAUGAUAGCCCGGUUAAUGUCUCCAUGGAUGGAAUUCCCUGCAUUCUCUUUUGGGCCAAAAGAAUAACAAUUAAGUUUAAGAACCAGACCUGGCUGGAUCUUACAGAGGAAGCUUUUGGCCAGAAGGCAACAGUGGAUGCUAACAACUCAAAUUGCGGUGAAGAAAGUGCCAAGUUGUCUCUGAAAUUUGAUGAUGCUGAAAAUUCCAAAGGUCAUGCUAUAAGAUUCACCUUUACCAAUUACAACGAGUUUUCCAUGCAGAACUGGUUUAGUUUGCACCGGGUUGAGAUUAUUUUUAAUAAUUCAAUCCAAGCCACUUUUAAUGCAGCCGGCAUAUGUGCUCCAUCGAGUUAUUCCUGCCACUGCCAGCGCGUCAGCAGCCCACAGCAGUGUGAUGCCCUCUUGUUGCCCAGUGACAUGGAGGAUGUGUCAGGCCUGUGGGAGGUCACUUUUGUGGAUCUCCAGAGCCAAGGCUUUACCAUCAAGGGGGGACAAUUUGCCAAGGCCCGAGACUGUACCUCUUCCUUCUCGCCAGCCAUUCUGAUUGGCCGGGCCCUGCCCCUGAUGCUGCUGCUGGUCCUGGCCUACACCCUGCACAUGCUCAUCUACCUGCGGUGCCUGGCCCGGCACUAUGAUUUCAUCGCCUCUCUAGCCCACUUCCCCCAGUUGAAGGCUCGAGAUGCAGCAGAAGAGAAGGAGCUGCUGAGCAGCCAGGGAGUUGAAUGCUAUGAACUGAGAACCCAACAGAUCUGCAAAAUGAAUGUUUAGCAGCCCAGGAUCUGCUCCCUCACAAAGUCCACAGCGGGCUCUGGAAGGAGUUGUUCCUAUUCUGUGCUGUUUGACUUCUGAUGCAAGGUUUUCACCAGAUGGCUUGAUUAAAAAAAAAGAAAAUACA